AUGGCUCCAGGUCAGUUGUCGUUUAACGAGCAGCUCUACAACCAUAUUGCGCUACCACGCAACGUGCCGGGCCACGAAGACAAGAACCUACGCCAACUCGAAUCGGCGCUGCUUACGCGCCUGAUUGACGCAACUCGUUUUCUGAGCACUCAUGUUGUACCUGAACAUCAGCAUCACGUCCGCGCUCUGGGCGAUUCGCUCACCGCCUGUCAGUCACUGAACAUUGACGGAACCACCACGAAGCCGGCUCUGCUUAGAGAGCUUCGGAAUUUGCAUCCUGAGCGAAUGCUCAUCUUGCAUGUCUCUGCUCAGAACAGCGGCCUUCUUAUCUACAAUCACUACACUGAAACCAACGAGCGCCAAGUUGUAUUUGAAGCUUUCGAAGCCACUCCAACGUCCGAGCAAGUCCUCGCAACGAAGAACGCUUUGCUGCGAGACUUUCCGGGUUGCGCAGUUGCAGUUCCACACACGACCAUCCUCGAAGAGACCUUCCAAGACAGUUUGUCGUCAUUUCUGCAGCAAAUCUCUAGCGAAUAUGUUACCAGGUUCUCUUCAGUCACCUACAAGGCGGCCGCGCCGCUACCAGAGAUCCGUGACACCAGCAAUCCUGCGCUCGUUACAGGCUUGCUGAUGACGAUACUGGAAGCCAACGGUAUCGCUGCAACUGUACCUGUCCUGCGGAAACGCGUACGAGAUACCGUCAUGUUUGAUCAGGCCCAUAAGCCAUGGAGGCGAUCACCCUUCUACCUUGUUGUUCGUGUCGCAAUGCAGCGCUGCUUGUACAAGCAGCACGGAGCCGAUGUCGGAAGACUGUACUACAAGACCAUCAUGUGCUUGAUGCUGCGACAGUUCUUGGAGGAUGCUCUGAGGAGGAUACCUUUCGAGUCGGUCUCUCUUCUGCGCCAAAAAUUGGGCCGCCGACUUGCCAAGCUUGCGAGCGACAAGGCCGCAAUCACUGGACGUUUCAAUUCAUUGGUUGUGUCCACUCUCUCUACGCUCGAGCCCAGCUUCGAAACCACUAUACGCACUACUGGAGGGUGGCUGAAAGCAACAUGGCGCAACUACAAAAGCACGCAUGAGCGCUUCAUUCCUGAAUUCAGACCGAAUGUUCCUGCCGGAGCACUGAACUUGCGGCUUUCCAACAGUUAUCCUGCACUUUCCCGAAUCCUCGCAAACCAGUCGAUGCAGGUCCACACCCCUCAGCGUACUCCAGAUGAGCUGCUCGCACAAUACGAAAAGUCCGCUGCUUCUGUAAAGCCAUACAUGUACGCGGCACGCUCACACAUUCAAAUCUCGCAGCACCACACGAAGGUCAUCGAGCCUGCAAAACACCCUGAUACUUCAGGCCAUCCUCGCAUCAUAGAGUUGAGCGAUGUCAUCCAUAACUAUAUUCACCAAAUCCAAACCUCGCCUGAGGGUUAUCCAGACCAGAAGAGCCGCAUGCUUUUGCAUCUGAUGGAGCUGUGGGUAUUGAUGGACAAGGAAGCAGCGGUUUGCUAUCCGCUUCUUUUGGACUAUGAUUCUGGUUUUGACUCCGACCUGCUGGAUCCUAUUCAGCUACUUUCAUUGGAAGACUUGGUACGGGUCCAACAAGUACAAGCCCACAUCAGCAAACGACACCGUGAGCGCCAUGGCAUGCGUUGUAGGACUGUCUUCGAUGAUCCUGCUGACGACUGCUUUGCCGCGAGAUACUUUGAUGAAUACGACACGCUGGGACAGUUGCUACGUCUCGAGAUUGAGAGCCAUGCUGAAGAGCAGCGUACAAAUAAAGAAGCGGAAUGGGAAGAGAAGAGUUCACUUCACGCGGAGACAAUCAGAAAGCGAGAUGAAACCGCUUGCGUCUAUGAAGAUGUGCCGCACAGGUACAUACCCGGCGUCACCGAGUCCAAGCAUCGCCUGCCGUGUGAGUGGCACACUCUUCACGAUGAAGCCAAGAACAUUAAGAUUCGGAUCUUUGAGUAUCCUCUACCAAGCUACGAGCCUGCUGCCAAGGCAGCCAUGUUUGAGCUGAGGUGUCCAGACUCUUUUGCUGCCUACAGAAACGCCACAUGGUCCAUUUUGUUGACCAUCUGCUGCCCAUCGCCUGCACUUAAGCCUGACAGGGUCUCGCUCCUCCGAGAAUACUCUCAACUUCAGCUGUAUGCCAAUGACUCCAACUGCGAGAUUACCCUUGCAUCUGAGAAGAAGGCUUUCUUGGAGACGCAUUAUGCGGGUUGGAGGUUUCCGUUGGAGCUACGAGAUGUGAUCUACACUUGCGGGCUGAAACCAAGGUACUACGACAGCUCCAGUCAGUCUUGGACGGGUGCACGUGGCAAGGCUUCAUUGUGGCACCAUUUCCCUCUGAUGCUAGCGAUUGACUCUCCAUAUCGGAUUCUUCAGCCAACAUACUCUGAUUGGCCUACGUCGAAUGAGAUCCAAGCAAGUCAAGCCGAUUGUCCCGCAGAUAUCAGCGCUCACGAGUUUUUGGCUUGGCAAGGACUUCUGGUAGGCACACAUACAAGGUGGCUGGAUCUGAUCCGCGAAUUGGGCUCCACUAAUCUCAACUUUUCCGCCGAUACUACGUGGGUGCUCAUCGUACGCCUGGUUCUUCAAGUAGGCCCUGCUUCUACGAAUGUCGAUCCCGAACGAGAUGUGCAUAGUGCACUUCUCGACGACACUCUGUGUUCGAGACUGCUGCAACAGAUUCAGCAGCGUCUGGACGCGAUUGAUCGCAAUUGGCGUGAGCCAGUACAGAUGGACAUUCUCAUUAUCAUCCUACUGAAAGUCGUUUUACUCUCUAGCUCCGACAACAUACGCCAGAAAGCUGCAGCACUGCUGCUGCAAGCGCGGAACGCGACUGACCUAUGGCGCUUUGAAUUGCAAACUGUUGUCACUAGCGAUGCCAAAAUGAGACCAUUCGCAGUCUGGGCAUCCCUUCUAUGCAAGCGAACUCUGCACACCAACCCCGAGAUCCUACUGGACCCCGCGGCGCUCCAACAGUACGUCGGUGCAUCCAUAUCUCUGAACUAUAAUCUUGUCGAAGAGUUCAAAUACUUGCCGUACAAGAUCAGGAAUGCAAUCAUCCAUGAUGUCUUGUAUUCAUAUGAGAAUCGUGGGCUUUUGAAAAACUCUAUUCUUUCGAACCCGGAUGCCUUCACCAACGCCGUCAAUCGCUUGUGGCAGAUUCCUCAAGGCUACGAAUCUAGUAUCUCGAAUUCUCCUACAGGCACGUGGUGGAUCUUGCUCGAGUUGAAGUCAAUUAGCGGCAGUCGGAGCCAUUCCUACUUCGUGCACUACAACUACAUCUAUGGUACGCUGCUUAUUGACGGACAGGAGAUGAGCACGUUACCAUUGGCCUACCGGCAAAAUCCAUUGUAUCGACAAAUCUUCAAAGACAGAAACCCCAUCGUCUUCCCCUCACCGCUACACGGUAUGUCGUGGGCGGUUUCUGAACCGAUGAAGCCUGGCCAACGCGUGCAUCUGGGUUUUCGACAGAACACUCUGAUCGUACGCGCGAUCGAGCACGACCAGUUGUACGAGUACAUACCAACCGGAGUUUUUGGCACGCAUUCGUUGCCCGACCUUCCAGUACCUCUCAUCGCAGGUUGUUACCAUUGGUUGAACGUACGAACCGGUGAGUUGGAAAUCCGUCGACAGGACAUGUGGAUAUCAAAGCCAGGCAACUGGUGGAUACACGGUCUCUUGUACGGUCAAUGCCAGGCGGUUCGACGUUUUGGCAAACGGUCCGAGACCAGGUUGCUAGACUCUUCAAACGAUCUUGUGCAACGCAUCAGCGGGGUUUUUCAAUCUUUCGAAAAUAUCAACUACAUUAUGGUGUUGGCCACUCGAGAUGGCACGGUUUCCGUCGAGCUAAAGCGUUUGGAGCUCACCUUCUACAUCAACGAGAGUGGCUUGUUGUAUUCUCCACGGCUCGGCGCUUUCAUAACGCAGGAACAAGAUGCUGGCACCUGGUAUGGCCUUCGUAGCAAGAUCGUAGUCCAAUCUGCUGCCAACCGCCGUCAGAAGAGCAUCCUUGUGCCGCUUCACAACGAUAUUCAGGUCACACGCGAUGACAUCCACGUUUCCGUCGAGAUUAGCACAGGCGGAGGCGACACGUACCUGAAAUUUGACAUCAAUGAAGUACUAGGCCGUAUCGACUGCCCCCCUGAACCAAAACUUCUAUACACCAAGGCACUGCUGCACGCAUACACAUCGCAUGUGGUACCAGAUCCCCUGACUUCCCGGACUGGAGUAGAGGAAGCACUUCGUCUUCUUCAGAUGGGGCUAUACCAGCCUUGGAAUCCGAUAGGAAGCGCCGACCUAACUCUACUGCAACGUUUAGCUAAUCUUUCGCCACUGCGAGGGUACUAUCCUGUAGAUUCGCAGUCCAUGGAGACGGUGACAUGGCGACCUGAUCUGACGGUACAUAUUCAAGAUGACCGGUUCAGACCGCAUGCGGAGAGUAUCUUGCGACGGAACUCAUCUCUCGUCGAGUUCCUUUCAGAUUUUGUCAAACAGGAGCAAGUAUCAGAUAUUCUGGUCGAGCCCAAUUCUCAUCUGGCACUGCGAGCAAUAUCACGCACAUAUGCACGACAGCCUCGAGAAAAAGAUCUACUUCACUACGCGAGGGACAGACGUACGACAACUAUAGCUCAGGCAAAUACUUUCCAGAUAACUAGGUUGCUUCUCGAACAGCAGCCCUCGCCAACAAACGCACCCAGUCUUCUAUCUCUUCUACAUGACGCACCCGUGGUUGGUGGCUAUGACAAAUGCUUCCAAAAAAUUCUGCUCACUGAUCUACUUACCGUUGAUGCCAAGACAGAGUGGGGUGCACUCACUCAACGAGCGAUGAUGUGUGAUGUGCAAGAUCGCUACAACUUCAUGUUUCUCCUAGGACCAAUCGCUUUUUCUGAGGAUGCCAACCUGGAACUACUCCACAAGCUGAUUUCUUUCACAAUGUCUCUAGAAGUCAAGGCGCUCCAGCCACCGCAGCACGCCGCAUACUUUCACUUCCGAGCCGAUGGAGCGCCACCCUCAUCCUACCUUGUGUCUUUCAUGGAGAAGGCGAAGAUGCCGUUUCUUGCAACGGGCUUUAAGAAGCGUUCACAGCUCGUUACUGCUGAAAACCACCACGAAGAAUACGUCGAGAAGAGCUGCGAAGCUUUGGCUUCAUCGAUCCAGACUCAAUGGCCCCAUCAGGAGAUCGAUAUUGCGAAGCUGGUGCACAUUGACCCUACACAGCUCGAUGUUGUUCGCGUCUUGGAAGACCUCACGCCUGAGUGGUAUCGGUUGACUCGUAACCACGAGCUUGCAAUGUAUCUUGAGCAAGUUCAGGUAGUGCUAGACCGAUUGAGUACGGUUCUCUUGAGCAGACCAAAUUCUGCUGCGACUCACAACGGCUUGCAUGUGGACGCCUUGACAACCUCUAAGACCCCAAAGUCGUACUCGUCUAGAGAUCGGUUCGAAGAUGAGGUCUCGCUAUCAAGGCUCUUGCAGAAGCCAAUUCGUCACAUUCAUCACCAGCGUGGAGGUGUCGCAUCUACUAAUGGCACACUUUGGCCGAGAUCGGUCAACACUCUACAACUUCCGAGCGACUUGUACAGCACGCUUGACCAAGACAACAAGAACGCUACUCGUGGCCCUCGAAAAACCUUGACUACCUUCAGCGGUAUUCCAGUGCCUGAGAUUCGAAAGCUCAAAGCCAUCGUUAGCGAUUUCCGAAACAGCUCUUCACUCAUGCACUCUCGAUAUGCCGAUGAGAUGGACGCUAGUAUUGAUGCCCUCCAACUACAUGUGAAGCACCCAAAACAAACUGCUCAACCUUUUAGUCGCUGGAUAACGGCGGACGAUAUCCGUUCUGCCAAAGAUAACGUCAGAACAAUUGUGGAAGGAGUCAGAGGUACCUUGGCUGUGCAAGACCCGCAAGCAAAGUGGCUUCAAGAGGUUGAGCUAUGGCCGAAAAUGACGGUCACAGAACUGCUUACGGAGUUGCGAUCUACCUCAGGUAGUAAUUUUGGGGCCGGCACGAAAGGAGCUUUGGUAUCAUUGGGCGUAGCCGUCACCAAAUUGCAACAGAUGCUGCGUAUCCAUGACGCGCAGAAAAGACAUAAGGAUAAACAGCAACAAGACGAGUGGACCAACCCUGGUCAUACUAAUUGGGACCCCGCCGAAUAUACCGACUGGCUCCUUCUGGAGAUCGACGGCGAUAUCAUGCUUCGUGAAGAGCAAAUACAAGUUGCGCUGGCAACAAUAGCACCGGCGUCAGGCGAAAACUCAGUCUUACAGCUGCUGAUGGGCAAAGGGAAGACGUCGUGUAUUCUGCCGAUGGUGGCCGCCGUGCUGGCAAACAAGCAAGACUUGGCGCGUAUCAUAGUGCCUUGCCCGUUACUCUUGCAGUCCGCGCAAGUAAUGCAAGUCAAACUAGGAGGUCUGGUUAAUCGAGAAAUCAUGCACAUUCCUUUCUCUCGCAAAACAUCUCGCAAAACAUCUCUUAUGCGAUUGUACCGUCGAUUGCACUCACAAAUGCGAGACCGCGGCGGAGUCAUGGUUUCACUCCCAGAGCAUCUCCUCUCAUUCAAACUCAGCGGACUACAGCAACUUGCAGAUGGUCACUUGGAGAUUUCAACAGCUAUGGUUGAGAUGCAAGAAUGGCUUGACGUACAUACUCGAGAUGUUCUGGACGAGUGCGACGUCUCUCUGGCCAUUCGAAUGCAGCUCAUCUAUCCAUCUGGGUCGCAAACAUCUGUAGACGGCCACCCAGUGCGUUGGCAGGUCAUCCAGCUCUUGCUAAGCCGCACGUAUGACUUCAUCACUGCUGUUCAAUCUCGCUAUCCCAAUAGUGUGGAGGUGGUCAAUCGCGUCGGAGGCGGGUUUCCGCUCAUCUACUUCCUUCGAAAAGACGCAGAGGACUUUCUGGUCCACCUGCUUGUGCGCAAUAUAUGCAAGGGUAACAACGAGUUCUUGCCAUGUGCAAAGUUCCCGACAGCAGUCCAGAAUGACGUUGCAGCCUACAUCUCAACUGCUUCUGUAUGCAGUGAGCUGAGGCGAAAAAUCACUGCUUUCUUCAAGGAUAGGCAGCAGCUGUUGAAGAUCGCAAACCUAUUGCGUGGCCUGUUCGUCCAUCGUAUCUUCCUUUCGAGUCUCAAGAAGCGCUGGAAUGUGCAGUAUGGGCUACAUGCUACACGAGCACCAAUCGCCGUCCCAUAUCUCGCGAAAGGCGUACCGUCCGUGGCUGCUGAAUGGGGUCACCCGGAUGUUGCCAUCCUCUUGACCUGUCUGUCAUUCUACUACCAAGGACUUACCCUGACUCAGUUCAAGCAAGCAUUCGAGCAAUUGGGAAAAUCAGACGUUCCGAGCGUGGAGUACGCCAAGUGGGUCUUCCCUCGUGCACCACUUGGUCUUGAGGAUUACACAGCCGUCAACGCCGAGGACAGUUGGCAAUUGAACAAGCUUUUCCAGCUAAUUCGUCUGAAUGCCUCUCUGGCGAACUUUUAUCUCAACAAUUUUGUCUUUCCACAGUACGCUAAGACAUUCAGCGUCAAGCUACAAGCAUCUGGGUGGAAUCUGUUUCCCUCGCAUAACGAUACAGGCUGCCGCGUAACCGGGUUUUCUGGUACCAAUGACACUCGACAUCAGCUGCCCAUGCUUGUCAAGCAGGCUGAUCUGCCUGAGCUCGCCCAUACUAAUGCAGAGGUUCCUUACUAUCUUAUGGCUGAACGUAACCGUGGAUACGUCCGCAUGAGCUAUACAGGCGGUCAGCGUUGGACAGAGCUAGAUCUCAUCAGGAAUCUGGCCAAGACCCCGGGUGUCUUCAAGACCAGAAUUCUCAUCGAUGCCGGCGCUCAGGUCCUAGAGCAUGCCAACCGAGACUUUGCCAAAGCCUGGCUUGACGAGGAUACCGAUGCGGCUGCAGCAGUGUAUUUUGACGAUGAUCAUCGAGCGUGGGUACUGUACCGUACUGGCAACCGCACACCAUUGCUAGUAUCUCCGUUUUCUGAUGGUCUGGAACGCUGUGUCGUCUACGUUGAUGAGAGUCAUUGCCGAGGCACCGAUCUCAAGCUUCCUGUACACGGUAGAGCCGCAUUGACCCUCGGCCAGCAUCUCACCAAGGAUGCUUUGGUGCAGGCAGCAAUGCGUUUGCGUCUCCUUGGGCAGACUCAGUCUGUGACAUUCUACUCGCCUCCGGAGGUUCAUCAGGGCAUCCUGGACCGGCUGAACAAGGGACCACUCUUCCAUCCAGAUUCAGCUGCGGUGCUAGCCUGGGUGUUCGGGCAGACUUGUGAUAUGCUUCAGCAACAGGAGCCUUCCUACUUCGCCCAGGCGCUGCAAUACAUGCAUCAGAAGCAAGCUCGACUAAGCUACCCUGACUAUCUUACUGACGAGCCAUCAAGAUUACAGUUCCUAGCUGCUGUGCUUAUGAAAGAAGCUCUGCUCAUCAAGGAGAUGUAUCAGCCGGGAGGUAGUCGGCGUCCUGGGUUCAGCAAUGUCGCGUGUUGGGAUCCUUCCUUGCAGGAAAAUGUCAAGCUGCUUCAUGAUCGCCAGAAGCAAUUUCAAGAUAACGGCUCUGCCGUGCAUGCUUCUGUUCUGGAAGAAGUCGAGAUCGAACAAGAACGCGAACUCGAGAUUGAGGUAGAACACGAGGUCGAGAACGUGCGCGAAGUACAGCGCCCACCGCGGUUCCGUGCCCUUGAAAUUACCAAGUUGCAUGCCGACAUUGAGCAUUUCGCCGCUUCUGGAAUGUUGGUCGCCGGCAGUAGCGCUUACUCCCCGAUGUUCUUUACCUUAGGCCGAACCGCACUGGGAUCCAAACGUGGCAUCUCGCCUUCUAUGGCGUCGAAUCUAUGGGUGUCAGCACAGUUCAGUCGGACGGUCGAUGUAUACGAACCCAACGACAUCUACGUGCGACCGACCCAAUGGAUCGUGUGGAGCUCGAUCAGUGACAAGGCUCUUCUCGUCAGCCAGGAGGAAGCCAAUGCCCUGGUUCCAGUUUUGCGUUCGAAAGCUCAACCUGAGGGUGUUCACCUCAUCGUAUAUGCUGCACCAGUCACUCGUAGGAUGCUGCACUUCAACAGCCUGGACUAUCACGCCACACCACCACUCCCGGUCAACUUCAAGGCUCCCACGUGGCUUCAGGUCGAGCUGGGCAUCUUCUCGGGGCGUUUAUAUCUUGAGUGGCAUGAACACGCUGAGCUGCUUGGUUAUCUAGGGUUGAAGCUAGAUCUCUCGGUCGACUCAAGCGUGAUUCCGUUCGCCAAGAAAGCUCUUAUAUUCCUCCAUGAUUGGAUCGACAUUUGCCGCAAGGGCCAAGACUUUGAGCACACACCCAUGGGCUUCAUCACCACCGGCAAGCCACUGACAGAGAACCAUGCCUUCUUCCAGUCCUCGGCUCACGAGUCUCAUGCAGAUAUUCGGCCUCGCAUUGCACGUGUCGUGUCCGGUGGAAACGAGCAGGAAGAGGGAGACAACGGCGACAGCGACCAUGGCGAAGACGAGGAGUUUGAGCCCGUCGUGGAGCACGUCGAUGAUUCAGAUAGUGGAGAUGACGGUUCUAGCAAAGAGGCGGGUUCAGGCAGUGAAGACGAGGACUAG